AUGGCAGCAAAAAUCCUACCCAUCAAACUCUACGGAGGCGUCCUCGGUCCCAACCCCCUCAAAGUCGGUCUGGUUCUGACCGCGCUCGAGAUUCCCUUUGAGAGCAUUCUUAUCCCCAUGGAUCAGCUGAAGACCCCCGAGUACGAAGCAAUCAACCCCAAUGGUCGGCUUCCAUCCAUCCACGACCCAAACACCAACUUCACAAUCUGGGAGAGCGGCGCCAUCAUCGAGUAUCUGAUUGAACGCUACGACACCGAAGAGCCGCGCAAAUUCAGUUUCCCUCCGGGAAGCGCAGAAGCGCAACUCGCUCGCUCCUUUCUGUAUUUGCAGACUACCGGUCAAGGUCCAUACUAUGGUCAGGCGUAUUGGUUUAAGGUCUUCCACCAGGAAAAGGUUCCCUCCGCUAUUGAGCGCUACGUCAAUGAAAUCAAGCGCGUCACUGGCGUGCUCGAUAAGUGGCUAGCCGAGCAAAAGGAAAUUCAUAAAAACGACAUCCAGGACGGCCCCUGGCUGGUCGGAAAUAAGUUCUCAUUCGCCGAUGUAGCGUUUAUCUCCUGGCAGAAAAUCGCGCAGGCGAACCAUGCUGAGGAUGGGUUUGAUGUGAAUGCUUUCCCGCAUGCAAAGGAUUGGUUCGAGCGUAUGACGUCGAAGGAGGAACUCAAGGCGGUGUUGGAUACGUAUGAUGCCGAGAUGGCGAAAAGGAGGCAGGCAAGGAAGUAG